AUGGUCGAACGUGCCAUGUCAACGCCCAACAGUGACCUUGUUACCAGCAGCCCAAACAUGGACGAAGACUACGGUCGGAGAAGGAGAGGGUAUCACUCCCCGAGUCCACACCGGUAUGACAGGCGGAGACCGAGGUCGCCCUCUCCAGUGAUGUACCAGCAAGGAUACCACAGAGACCAGCACUUCUACGACGAUAGAAGGAUGGAUCACUACGGGAACCAGCAUAAAAGGCGAAGGUCCAGCCCUUCUCCCGGGAGGGGAAGGCGGGGGAGAAAUGGUUCGCCAGGGCGGAGACAGUCACCCGGGCAUGUUCGAGAGAUCUCGCCGUCGCGCAUGUUUCGUGAUUACAAUCAUAUCGUCUCUAUCGAGGAAUUCGAAGACAAGAUGUCCAACAAUUAUGUUUCGAGAAACCUUUCACCCGAGUCGAGAAAAAAGGCCAUCGGACAAGACUAUGUCCGUUACGUGGAGACAUUUCAGAGUGACGAUGGGCCCAAUCGUGGAGAGGCAGUUCGUUGCUUUCAUGAGCACCAAGAUGAAGAAUGGUUUUGGGAGAAAUAUCACCCAGAUGGCCAUGUGAAAAUGUUUGAACUUCGAUCAAGCGAGGCUCGAGAGAAUUAUGAAGCAUUCUGUCAGAAAGAGGUCAACUUGGACACGCUUGACAUGCCAGGAGUCGUUAUGAUAGCGGAUGAUAGAAACCAUCACAGCAACACCUCUCGGUCGAAACGCGAAGAUAAUGACGUGGAAAAUGGGAAGGACAAGGAAACGGAAGAGGGCGAAGAGCCGGCGGUCAACGAGAGCUCAGACAAGCCUGCCACUGAGAAUGCUGAGGACGAGAAUUCGGCUGAAGUCAGCAAGGAGCCGGAAGAACCCGUAGCGCCAACCAUCCCCUACAAGGCAACUCGCCGUCAGAUCAUUCACUUCCUGUCUGAAGCCAAGGGAUUCCGAAAACUGCUGAUUUCCGAGCCAAUGAAGACAAAGAAUUGGACGAGGAUCGGAUGGGCGAUUUUCGAGGAUGAAGAUGCGAGCAAGACCGCAGUGAUCAAAUUUGACGGCACUGAAGUUCAUCCGUUGCCUGUCGAGAAGGAGGAAGGGGAUGAGAAGGAGGGAAAGUCUGAAGCGACCAUGGAAGGCAUUCGUUUCCGAAUUGCUUGCACCUCAACUCGUCCGAUCCCCUCCUCCAGACUCUCUGUCAAGACCUGCCCUUCUGUCGCUUCCUGUCCGCGCAGACUGCAGGAGGAUCUGCCUCUCCUCCUGGAGCUUGUGAAGGCUCUUGAUACUGAGAAGGGUAUCAAGGAGAACAAGGUUGUCUCGGCCAUCGAGUCGAAGGAGGAUGUUGAGAUCGGGAAGAAAGUCGAUCUUCUCGUCCACUACCUCCGAAGAGUGCAUUAUUACAGCUACUACAAGGGGGAGGAGUACAACGACAUCGGCGAGAUGAUUAGGAAAGGGUCGGCAACUUACGUCCGGCCUGUUCUGGCUGCGAGCUUUUCUCCUGAAGUGAAGAUGGAAGAUCCUCAGACCGAGCGGCUGCUCGCGGCGUUCUACAUCGCCAACUGUGUGGAGAAGGAGCGGGACACCAAGUAUCAGUGCAAGAUUCCGUUCAAAGGGACUUGCAAGGUCUUCAAGGCGCCAGAGUUUGUCAAGAAGCAUCUGUGGAACAAGCACGUGCCAGCGGUCAAGAAGGAGAUGUAUCUCAUGGCCUACCUCAUGGACCCGCAUCGCCCCACAGAGGCUGUUCUCAACCAGGGCAUCGCCAUCGCCAUGGGCGCAGGAGUUCGCAACGCAGCCUUCGACGCGCGGGGACGAGGAGACAUGAUGGGGAACGUGCGGGGGCAGGGAGGAGGCAUGUCAAGAAUGCCGAUGCCAGUGAUGAUGGUCCCUCCCAUGAUGCAGGGAGGUCGCCGGCCCCCCCACAUGAUGCCCGGCAUGGUGAACGCGGUCCAGAGUUCAGACCCGCGAGGGCUCAAGGCCUACGUGGACCUGGACGCGGUCGGGUCUUCCUCAGCUGGCGACAUCGACUACCGCAGCCCCGCGUACUAG